AUGCCGCUUGAUGCAAGACAUGGGCCAACGGUGCGUGAAAUUGACGACAGGGCAAGUUGCAUCGUGUGGCCCACAGCUCGUGUGCUGCUCCACUGGCUGCGUACCUCUUUGAAGGGAAGUGUGGGCACAGAGCUUGAAGGCUCUACCGUCCUAGAGCUUGGUGCUGGGACGGGCUUCCUGUCGCUUGGCUUGGCUGAAGCUGGCGUGAACCAGGUGUUUGCUGUUGAAGGCGACGCGGAUGCGUGGGAAAACCUGAAACACAAUGUGGCUGCAUCUGCUGAAGUCCAGGCGGUAUUUUGGAAUUGGGAAGUGCAUCCAGCUGUACCCGAAGAAGUUCCUCUGCACUCCGUGCAGCUCAUUGUAGGCUCUGACCUGGUCUAUCCCAGAUACUACAGCGAGCAUGCUCUGGCGCAGGUGAUCCAAUCUUUGCCCGGGCAUCUGCCAAUAUUGCUGCUCCUUUGUGACCGCCAGAUGCCAGAGGAUGCAUCUGAAACUUCACCUCCAGUGAGGAGCCUGGACGCUUUUCUCAGCCGGUGCGGUGAGUUGAACAUUAGCUUCGUUGAGCUGCCCUUGGUCCUGGAGCUAGUGGAAGCCGUGCUGGGCACUUUGGAGAGCGGAGGCCACGAUGAUCCUGGUGGCGCUACGGGCACAGUCUCCCGAAUGAGGCUUUUCCGCUUUUUCGGGGGAGAGACCAAGACGUUGCCGCUUUACCAGGAUGAGCCCUAG